AUGGAGGGCAAGUGGAAUAACGGUCUCGCAACUUUGCAUGGAGUAAUUACUCGGGAUUUGCCGAACCUCUUCUUCUCUGGGACGGCCCAGGCUGGGGCAUGCGCCAACAUGACAUAUAUCCUGGACCAGAGCGCGAUUCAUGUUGCCUACAUUCUCUCGAAGGCAAAAGAGGGCGCAAGCGAAAAAUGUCCUGGGGUUUCGAAGGUGAUUAUAGAGCCAACUGCGGAGGCGGAGGAGGACUGGGCCAUGGAGGUUGUCUCGCGUGUGGCGGCUCUCCGAGGGAUAGCUGGCUGUACGCCAGGAUAUCUCAACGGCUAUGGGAUGAUUGCCCAACCAAGCAGCGCAGAACAGCAAAGAGAAAGCAGCACGUCUGGCAGUCUGGGGAGAGGGUAUUGCGAGUUACGUGAACCAAAUUGA